CCCGGAAGCGGAUCGCGGGGAGUGAAGGCUGCGCCGCCGAGCCUGUUUCUCUCUCUCUAGAUUAAAUCUGCGCUUCGCAGUCUCCCUUCUUCCAUCCCCCGGGUCUGGAGGGGGUCCCUACAGAUCUUAAAAUGACCGCACCGCGCCCUCCACCCCAGAUUAACCUUUAAAGACUCAUGUGGCCUGAGGAAGAAGUCCAGAAGAGAAGAAAGAGGAGACAGGGAUGGCUCUUUCUCAAGGAAGGUUGACAUUCAGGGAUGUGGCCAUCGAAUUCUCUCAGGAGGAGUGGAAAUGCCUGGACCCUGCUCAGAGGGCUUUGUACAGGGACGUGAUGUUGGAGAACUACAGGAACCUGGUCUCCCUGGGUGAGGAUAAUGCCCCUCCAGAAGCUGGGAUGGGCGCGGUGGCUCAUGCCUAUAAUCCCAGCACUUUGGGAGGCCGAGGCGGGCGGAUCACGAGAUCAGGAGAUCAAGACCAUCCUGGCUAACACGGUGAAACCCCAUCUCUACUAAAAAUACAAAAAAGGUAGCCGGGCAUGGUGGCAGGCACCUGUAGUCCCAACUACUCAGGAGGCUGAGGCAGGAGAAUGGCGUGAAUCCGGGAAGCAGAGCUUGCAGUGAGCCAAGAUCUCACCACUGCACUCCAGCUGGGCAACAGAGGAAGACUCCGUCUCAAAAAAAAAAAAAAAAAUCUACUUUGGGCUGGGCGCGGUGGCUCACGCCUGUAAUCCCAGCACUUUGGGAGGCCAAGGCAGGUGGAUCACCUGAGGUCAGGAGUUUGAGACUAGCCUGGCCAACAUGGUGAAACCCCAUCUCUACUAAAAAUACAAAAAAUUAGGCAUGGUGCCGAGCUCCUGUAAUCCCAGCUACUUGGGAGGCCAAGGCAGGAGAAUCACUUGAACCCAGGAGGCAGACGUUGCAGUGAACCAAGAAUGUGCCACUGCACUCCAGCCUGGGCAACAAAAGUGAAACUCCAUCUCAAAAAAAAAGAAAAAGAGAAAAAAAUCCGCUUUGCUGUUUUCUCCCCCUUUGCUUGUGAUUCAGUACUUCUUAGAGGCCAGCUCAAUGUCCAUAUCUUACCAAGUUCCCUAAACAUUCAGAAGGAGGCAUUCAGUGGGUGAAUUUGUGAAAUAUUUUUCUAGAUCCAUUUGUAAUGUCCUCUUUCCUCCUCUAAACAAAGGGCUGGGAUUCUGUCAAAGCCGCAGCACAUUACAUUCCUUUCUUUUUCUAAGCAGGAAUCUCUCUUUCUGAAAUGAGUAUUACCUCCAUGUUGGGGCAAGGGAAAGAGCCCUGGACUGUGGAGAGUGAAGUGAACAUAACAAAAACAUCAAAUGGUUGGGAAUGCAUCAAGGGUGGGAACACAGAUAAGAGCUCAAAUGGACAGAGAGGAAGCUGCACCGUUAGUAUUCGGGUAACUCUUUCCGAGUUGAAGAGUUCUAUGGGGCAAAAAGGGUUUCAGUCCUGUGAGCUCUCAAUGGAAACCCUUCUUUGCCCUCAUUUAUCCCUCUGCUCUUCUGACAUGUAGUAGUUUAUCCUUUCACUCUCCCAUGGUGCUGCAGCUCAAACAAUGACAAAGUCAACGUCUUUAUCAUGAUGGACAACACCGUGUCAUGUGGCUUCUGUGACCUCUUUGGUUUCUUCACUCUGAGGGGCACAGGGAGGGUUGUGUCCAAGAGGUCUCCUGUGAUCUCCUGUACCUGAUUGCAUCUGAUGCUCAGUUCUCUGUCUAUACAGAUCAGAGCUGAGGCCUCCAUAGACCUGCCCCCUUGACCUGUUCAGGUUUUGCCCCAUUUCCUGUACUUGGGAGACCUAAUCAGGUGAUGUGAAAACAGUGGCAGCUCCUCCUUUGCAUCUGGGGCUCCGGAAACCUCAGGGUGCUGUCUCCAGCCCUCUCUGUCUGUCGAAGUCUUUCAGCCUCGGUCAUUUCUUCUGUUCUGCUUUUGCCACAGAUUGCAGCGUGUGCUACAGGGAAGUACAUUGGGUUUUCUGAGAUUGUUUACUCAGGUCUGGAAUGGCACUAGACAGAGAGGUCCUCUUUUUUUUUUUUUUUUUUUUUUUGAGACAAUCUGGCUUUCUUGCCCAGGCUGUGAUGCAGUGGCGAGAUCUCAACUCACUGGAACCUCUGCCUCCCAGGUUCAAGUAAUUCUCUUGCCUCAGCCUCCUGAGUAGCUGGAACUACAGGUGCAUGUCACCACACCUGGCUAAUUUAAAGCUAACUUAAAGGUUUAAGUUUUAAGUUUUGGCAUACAUGUGCAGAACGUGCAGGUUUGUUACAUAGGUAUACAUGUGCCAUGGUGGUUUGCUGCACCUAUCAACCCGUCAUCUAUAUUUGGUAUUUCUCCUAAUGGUAUCCCUCCCCUAGCUCCCCAUCCCCUUGACAGGCCCUGGUAUGUGAUGUUCCCCUCCCUGUGUCCAUGUGUUCUCAUUGUUCAACUCCCACUUAUGAGUGAGAACAUGCAGUGUUUGGUUUUCUGUUGUGUUAGUUUGCUGAGAAUGAUGGUUUCCAGCUUCAUCCAUGUCCCUGCAAAGGACAUGGACUCAUCCUUUUUUAUGGCUGCAUAGUAUUCCAUGGUGUAUAUGUGCCACAUUUUCAUUAUCCAGUCUAUCAUUGAUGGGCAUUUGGGUUGGUUCCAAGUCUUUGCUAUUGUGAACAGUGCCACAAUAAACAUACGUGUGCAUGUGUCUUUACAGUAGAAUGAUUUAUAAUCCUUUGGGUAUAUACCCAGUAAUGGGAUUGCUGGGUCAAAUGGUAUUUCUAGUUCUAGAUCCUUGAGGAAUUGCCACACUGUCCUCCACAAUGGUUAAACUAAUUUACACUCCCACCAACAGUGUAAAAGCAUUCUUAUUUCUCCACAUCCUCUCAGCAUCUGUUGUUUCCUGCUUUUUAACGAUCAGCAUUCUAACUGGCAUGAGAUGGUUUCUCAUUGUGGUUUUGAUUUGCGUUUCUGUAAUGACCAGUGAUGAUGAGCUUUUUUUUCAUACGUUUUUUGGCCACAUAAGUGUCUUCUUUUGAAAAGUGUCUGUUCAUAUCCUUCACCCACUUUUCAAUGGGGUUGUUUUUUUCUUGUAAAUUUGUUUAAGUUCUUCGUAGAUUCUAGAUAUUAGCCGUUUGUCAGAUGGAUAGAUUGCAAAAAUGUUCUUCCAUUCUGUAGGCUGCCUGUUCACUCUGAUGAUAGUUUCUUUUGCUGUGCUGAAGUUCUUCAGUUUAAUUAGAUCCCAUUUGUCAAUUUUGGCUUUUGUUGCCAUUGCUUUUGAUAUUUUAGUCAUGAAGUCUUUGUCCAUGCCUAUGUUGUGAAUGGUAUAGCCUAGUUUCCUUCUAGGGUUUUUAUGGUUUUAGGUCUUAUGUUUAAGACUUUAAUCUAUCUUGAGUUAAUUUUUGUAUAAGAUGUAAUGAAGGGAUCCAGUUUCAGCUUUCUGCAUAUGGCUAGCCAGUUUUCCCAACACCAUUUAUUAAAUAGGGAAUCCUUUCCCCAUUGCUUGUUUUUGUCAGGUUUGUCAAACAUCAGAUGGUUGUAGAUGUGUGGCAUUAUUUCUGAGGCCUCUGUUCUGUUCCAUUGGUCUAUAUAUCUGUUUUGGUGCCAGUACCAUGCUGUUUUGGUUACUGUAGCCUUGUAGUAUACUUUGAAGUCAGGUAGCGUGAUGCCUCCAGCUUUGUUCUUUUUGCUUAGGAUUGUCAUGGCUAUAUGGGCUCUUUUUUGGUUCCAUAUGAAAUUUAAAAUAGUUUUUUCCAAUUCUGUGAAGAAAGUCAAUGGUAGCUUGAUGGGGAUAGCAUUGAAUCUAUAAAUUACUUUGGGCAGUAUGGCCAUUUUCACAAUAUUGAUUCUUCCUAUUCAUGAGCAUGGAAUGUUUUUCCAUUUGCUUGUGUCCUCUCUUAUUUCCUUGAGCAGUGGUUUGUAGUUCUCCUUGAAGAGGUCCUUCACGUCCCUUGUAAGUUGUAUUCCUAGGUAUUUUAUUCUCUUUGUAGCAAUUGUGAAUGCGAGUUCACUCAUGAUUUGGCUCUGUGUUUGCCUGUUAUUGGUGUAUAGGAAUGCUUGUGAUUUCUGCAUAUUGAUUUUGUAUCCUGAGACUUAGCUGCAGUUGCUUAUCAGCUUAAGGAUAUUUUGGGCUGAGACAAUGGGGUUUUCUAAAUAUACAAUCAUGUCAUCUGCAAACAGAGACAAUUUGACUUCCUCUUUUCUUAAUUGAAUACCCUUUAUUUCUUUCUCUUGCCUGAUUGCCCUGGCCAGAACUUCCAAUACUGUGUUGAAUAGGAGUGGUGAGAGAGGGCAUCCUUGUCUUGUGCCGGUUUUCAAAGGGAAUGCUUCCAGUUUUUGCCCAUUCAGUAUGAUAGUGGCUAUGGGUUUGUCAUAAAUAGCUCUUAUUAUUUUGAGAUACAUUCCAUCAAUACCUAGUUUAUUGAGAGUUGUUAGCAUGAAGGCUGUUGAAUUUUGUUGAAGGCCUUUUCUGCAUCUAUUGAGAUAAUCAUGUGAUUUUUGUCAUUGGUUCUGUUUAUGUGAUGGAUUACAUUUGUUGAUUUGCAUAUGUUGAACCAGCCAUGCAUCCCAGGGAUGAAGUUGACAUGAUGGUGGUGGAUAGGCUUUUUGAUGUGCUGCUGGAUUCAGUUUGCCAGUAUUUUAUGGAGGAUUUUCACAUCGAUGUUCAUGAGGGAUACUGGCCUGAAAUUUUCUUUUUUUGUUGUGUCUCUGCCAGGUUUUGGUACCAGCACGAUGCUGGCCUCAUUAAAAUGAGUUAGGGAGGAUUCCUCUUUUUCUGUUUGGAACAGUUUUAGAAGGAAUGGUACCAGUUCCUCUUUGUACCUCUGGUAGAAUUCAGCUGUGAAUCUGUCUGGUCCUGGACUUUUUUUGGUUUGUAGGCUAUUAAUUACCACCUCAAUUUCAGAACUUGUUAUUGGUCUAUUCAGGGAUUCGACUUCUUCCUGGUUUAGUCUUGGAAGGGUGUAUGUGUCCAGGAAUUUAUCCAUUUCUUCUGGAUUUUCUAGUUUAUCUGCGUAGAGGUGUUUAUAGUAUUCUCUGAUGGUAGUCUGUAUUUCUGUGGGAUUGGUGGUGAUAUCCCCUUUAUCAUUUUUUAUUGCAUCUAUUUGAUUCUUCUCUCUUUUCUUCUGUAUUAGUCUGGCUAGUGGUCUAUCUAGUUUGUUGAUCUUUUCAGAAAACCAGAUCCUGGAUUCGUCUAUUUUUUUAAGGAUUUUUCGUGUCUCUAUCUCCUUCACUUCUGCUCUGAUCUUAGUUAUUUCUUGUCUUCUGCUAGCUUUUGAAUUUAUUUGCUCUUGCUUCUCUAGUUCUUUAAUUGUGAUGUUAGGGUGUUGAUUUUAGAUCUUUCACGCUUUCUCUUGUGGACAUUUAGUGCUAUACAUUUCCCUCUACACACGCUUUAAAUGUGUCCCAGAGAUUCUGGUACGUUGCAUCUUUGUUCUCAUUGGUUUCAAAGAACAUCUUUAUUUCUGCCUUCAUUUCGUUAUUUACCCAGUAGUCAUUCAGGAGAAGGUUGUUCGGUUUCCAUGUAGUUGUGCGGUUUUGAAUGAGUUCUUAAUCCUGAGCUCUAAUUUGAUUGCAAUGUGGUCUGAGAGAUGGUUUGCUAUGAUUUCCGUUCUUUUGCAUUUGCUGAGAAGUGUUUUAAUUCCAAUUGUGUGGUCAAUUUUAGAAUAAGUGUGCUGAGAAGAAUGUAUAUUCUGUUGAUUUGGGGUGGAGAGUUCUGCAGAUGUCUAUUAGGCCAGUUUGGUCCAGAGUUGAGUUCAAGUCCUGGAUAUCCUUGUUAAUUUUCUGUCUCAUUGAUCUGUCUAAUACUGACAGUGGGGUGUUACAGUCUCCCACUAUUAUUGUGUGGGAGUCUAAGUCUCUUCAUCAGUCUCCAAGAACUUGCUUUAUGAAUCUGGGUGCUCCUGUAUUGGGUGCAUAUAUAUUUAGGAUAGUUAGUUCUUCUUGUUGCAUUGAUCCUUUACCAUCAUGUAAUGCCCCUCUUUGUCUCUUUUGAUCUUUGUUGGCUUAAAGUCUGUUUUAUCAGAGACUAGGAUUGCAACCCCUGCUUUUUUUGCUUUCCAUUUGCUUGGUAGAUAUUCCUCCAUCCCUUUAUUUUGAGUAUAUGUGUGUCUUUGCACGUGAGAUGGGUCUCCUGAAUACAGCACACUGAUGGGUCUUGAUUCUUUAUCCAAUUUACCAGUUUUUGUCUUUUAAUUGGGGCAUUUAGCCCAUUUACAUUUAAGGUUAAUAUUGUUAUGUGUGAAUUUGAUCCUGUCAUUAUGAUGCGAGCUGGUUAUUUUGCUCGUUAGUUGAUGCAGUUUCUUCAGUGUCGAUGGUUUUUACAAUUUGGUAUGUUUUUGCAGUGGCUGGUACCAGUUGUUCCUUUCCAUGUUUAGUGCUUCCUUCCUUAUAAGGCAGGCCUGGUGGUGACAAAAUAUCUCAGCAUUAGCUUGUCUGUAAAGGAUUUUAUUUCUCCUUCACUUAUGAAGCUUAGUUUGGCUGGAUAUGAAACUCUGGGUUGAAAAUUCUUUUUUUUUUUUUUUUUUUUUCUUUUUUUUUGAGACGGAGUCUCGCUGUAUCGCCCAGGCUGGAGUGCAAUGGCGCAAUCUCGGCUCACUGCAAGCUCCGCCUCCCGGGUUCACGCCACUCUCCUGCCUCAGCCUCUCCGAGUAGCUGGGACCACAGGCACCCGCCACCACGCCCGGCCAAUUUUUUGUAUUUUUAGUAGAGACGGGGUUUCACUGUGGUCUCGAUCUCCUGACCUCGUGAUCCGCCCGCCUCGGCCUCCCAAAGUGCUGGGAUUACAAGCGUGAGCCACCGCGCCCGGCCUGAAAAUUCUUUAAGAAUGUUGAAUAUUGGCCCCUACUCUCUUCUGGCUUGUAGAGUUUCUGCCGAGAGAUCUGCUGUUAGUCUUAUGGGCUUCCCUUUGUGGGUAACCUGACCUUUCUUUCUGGCUGCCCUUAACAUUUUUUCCUUCAUUUCAACCUUGGUGAAUCUGACGAUUAUGUGUCUUGGGGUUGCUCUCCUCGAGGAGUAUCUUUGUGGUGUUCUCUCUAUUUCCUGAAUUCAAAUGUUGGCCUGUCUUGCUAGGUUGGGUAAGUUCUCCUGUAAUAAUACCCUGAAGAGUAUUUUCCAACUUGGUUCCAUUCUCCCUGUCACUUUCAGGUACACCGAUCAAAUGUAGAUUUGGUCUUUUCACAUAGUCCCAUAUAUCUUGGAGGCUUUGUUCAUUUCUUUUCACUCUUUUUUCUCUAAUCUUGUCUUCUCACUUUAUUUCAUUAAGUUGAUCUUCAAUCUCUGAUAUCCUUUCUUCUGCUUGAUCGAUUCAGUUAUUGAUACUUAUGUAUGCUUCACGGAGUUCUCAUGCUGUGUUUUUCAGCUCCAUCAGGUCGUUUAUAUUCUUCUCUAAAGUGGUUAUUCUAGUUAGCAAUUCAUUUAACCUUUUUUAAAGGUUCUUUUCUUCCUUGCAUUGGGUUAGAACGUGCUCCUUUAGCUCAGAGGAGUUUGUUAUUAUCCACCUUCUGAAGCCUACUUCUGUCAAUUCGUCAAACUCAUUCUCCUAGUUUUGUUCCCUUGCUGGCGACGAGUUGUGAUUCUUUGGAACAGAAGAGGCGUUCUGGUUCUUUUUGUGCUGGUUUCUCCCCAUCUUUGUGGAUUUAUCUACCUUUGGUCUUUGAUGUUGGUGACCUUCAGAUGGGAUCUCUGAGUGGAUGUCCUUUUAGUUGAUGUUGAUACUAUUCCUUUCUGUUUGUUGGUUUUCCUUCUAACAGUCAGGACCCUCUGCUCCACGUUUGCUGGAGUUUGCUGGGGGUCUACUCCAGAUCCUGUUUGCCUGGGUAUCACCAGUGGAGCCUGCAGAACAGCAAAGAUUGCUGCCUAUUCCUUCCUCUGGAAGCUUCAUCCCAGAGGGGCACCCACCAGGUGCCAGCCAGAGCUCUCCUGUAUGAGGUGUCUGUCGGCCCCCAACUGGGAGGUAUCUCCCAGUGAGGAUACAUGGGGGGCCAAAGACCCACUUGAGGAGGCAGUCUGUCCUUUAUCAGAGCUCGAACACUGUGCUGGGAGAUCCACCGCUCUCUUCAGAGCUGUCAGGCAGGGACAGUUAAGUCUGCUGAAGCUGCUCCCACAGCCACCCCUUCCCCCAGAUGCUCUUUCCCAGGGAGAUGGGGGUUUUAUCUAUAAGUCCCUGACUGGGGCUGCUGCCUUUUUUUCAGAGAUGCCCAGCCUAGAGAGGAGGAAUCUAGUGAGGCAGUCUGGCUGCAGUGGCCUUGCUGAGCUGUGGUGGGCUCUGCCCAGUUCAGACUUUCCGGUGGCUUUGUUUACACUGUGAGGGUAAAACCGCCUACUCAAGCCUCAGCAAUGGCAGAUGCCCCUCCCCGCACCAAGCUCGAGUGUCCCAGGUCAACCUCAGACUGCUGUGCUGGCAGCAAGAAUUUCAAGUCCAUGGAUCUUAGCUUGGUGGGCUCCAUGGGGGUGGGACCCCCCCAAGCCAGACCACUUGGCUCCCUGGCUUCAGCCCCCUUUCCAGGGGAGUGAACAGUUCUGUCUCACUGGUGUUCCAGGUGCCACUGGGCUAUGAAAAAAAAACUCCUGCAGCUAGCUCAGUGUCUGCCUAAACGUCCACCCAGUUUUGUGCUUGAAACCCAGGGUCCUGGUGGCCUAGGCACUGGAGGGAAUCUCCUGGUCUACUGGUUGUGAAGACUGGGAAAAGCACAGUAUCUGGGCCGGAGUACACCAUUCCUCACGGCACAGUCCCUCACAGCUUCCCUUGACUAGGGAGGGAAAUCCCCCAACCCCUUGCACUUCCCUGGUGAGGUGACACUCCAUCCUGCUUUGGCUUGCCCUCUGUAGGCUGCACCCACUGUCCAGCCAAUUCCAGUGAGAUGAAGUGGGUACCUCAGUUGGAAAUGCAGAAAUCACCUGCCUUCUCUGUCAAUCUCGCUGGGAGCUGCAGGCCAGAGCUGUUCCUAUUUGGCCAUCUUGCCAGCAAAUCCCUAAUUUUUGUAUUUUUAAUGGAGAUGAGGUUUCACCAUGUUGGCCACCUGGUCUGGAACUCCUAACCUCAGGUGAUCUGCCUGCCUUGGCCUCCCAAAGUGCUGGGAUUACAGGCGUGAGCCACUGUGCCCGGCCAAUAUCUUUUUCAAUAUGAACUACUGAUUUGCCAACUGUAGUUAAUAGAAAACCUGUUUUUU